AUGAAGGCUGCUCAGUCGCUUGCCAGUGCGGGCAUGCGCUCAGGCACGCGGCUGGCCGUGGACGGGCCCUCACAGAUCGUGCGGCGCUCCUUCUGCACGCAACGGCCGGCUGCAGUGCGCCUGUUUGAUGUCCCUUCCUCACAACAUUCGUCACGGCGAUCAUUGCAUAUGACCGCAGCCCGGUGCAGUGGAGCUUCCAAUCCGGCCAUGGCGUUUCCCUGUCUCGACGCUCUGGAGGACCGGUCGCAGCGGCUGCAAUCUGAGCGCCAGCAGCAGCAGCAGCAGCACCAGCAGACGGCGACCACAGAAACAACAAAAACAACGAAGUCGCCAAGAGCAUCCGAGAGCGGACCCGAGCCCAACUACACGUCGGGCGCCACGUUGCGCUACCACUGCGAAGAGCCCCUGCGACUCGACUGGGGCGGCGUGCUGCGCGAGUUCGACAUUGCCUACGAGACCUGGGGCACGCUCAACGCCGACCGGUCCAAUGCCAUUUUGCUGCACACGGGUCUGUCGGCGUCCUCGCACGCGCACUCGACGGACAUCAACCCGGAGCCGGGAUGGUGGGAGAAGUUCAUUGGCCCGGGCGAGGGCUUUGCGCUCGACACCAACAAGUACUUUGUCAUCUGCACCAACGUGCUCGGCGGCUGCUACGGAUCGACGGGGCCCAGCAGCAUCGACCCGGCCGACGGGUCGCACUACGCCACGCGGUUUCCCAUCCUGACCAUGGAGGACAUGGUGCGCGCGCAGUUCCGGCUGCUGGACGGCCUCGGCGUCGAGCGGCUGUAUGCGUCGGUCGGCUCGUCCAUGGGCGGCAUGCAGUCGCUGGCGGCGGGGGUGCUGUUCCCGGACCGCGUCGGCAAGAUCGUGUCCAUUAGCGGCUGCGCGCGCAGCCACCCGUACAGCAUUGCCAUGCGGCACACGCAGCGCCAGGUGCUCAUGAUGGACCCCAACUGGAACCGCGGCUUCUACUACGGGUACGGCCGCGUCCCGCCACACGCGGGCAUGAAGCUGGCGCGCGAGAUCGCCACUGUGACGUACCGGUCGGGCCCCGAAUGGGAGCAGCGGUUCGGGCGCCGGCGCGCGGACCCCAGCAAGCCGCCGGCGCUGUGCCCGGAUUUCCUGAUCGAGACGUACCUCGACCACGCCGGCGAGAAAUUUUGCCUCACGUACGACCCCAACAGCCUGCUGUACGUGAGCAAGGCGAUGGAUCUGUUUGACCUGGGGGCGGCGCACCAGGCACGCUCGGCGCAGCGGCGGCGGGAGCGCGAGCAGAAGGCGGCCGAGGCGGCCUCGUCGGUGGCGGGUGCGGGUGCGGGUGCAGACGCCGUCGCCGCCGUCUGCUCCCUGACGCUCCCCGACAAGCCGUACGAAGAGCAGCCUGAGGCAGGACAGCCGUCGGCCGCGGCCGCGGCGGCGCCCCCCCCGCCGUCGGACGCCGACGGCCACGUCGCGUCCAUGAUGCCCGGCGCGCCCAGUUGGCAGCCGCCGGCGGAUCUGGUCCAGGGCCUGGCUGUGCUGCGCAACCACCCGACGCUCGUAAUGGGCGUCGCGAGCGACAUUCUGUUCCCUGCGUGGCAGCAGUACGAGGUCGCCGAGGCCCUGAAGAAGGCCGGCAACCGCAACGUCAGCCAUUACGAGCUCAGCGAGCAGCAGAGCAUGUUUGGCCACGACACGUUUUUGCUCGACCUGAAGAACAUUGGCGGCAACGUGCGCAACUUUUUGGGUUAA